AUGGGGGCGGGCGAGUCGUUUCCAAAUCUCAAUUUCUUGAUGAGGGGCCUUGUGAAAGUGACCCCGUUGGCGAAACAGUUUAUCGAUCAUAAGGGGGCGGAAGAUACAUUGAUGGCGCUUGCCAAUGAGGGUGGGAACGAUGGAAAUAAAGUUGUGGCGACGAUAGUAAGGCUGGUUAUGUUGACAAACGGAGCGGAGGCAGAGGUGGAAGGGUUGGGGGAGAAUGGAGAGAAGGCUUCGUUCAUGCCCAAGGUUUCGAGGGCAAGUGUGGCGAGAUUUAUGGUUGAUGCGGCGCUGGAGUCAGAAUGGGAUGAUAAGGUUGCUGUAAUUGCUAAUGUGAGUUCGCGAGGUCACUGGAUCUAG